AAACAGCUGAUUCUUUAUUUACCAAUUAAUUGUCGAUGGAAAACGCCAGCAAGGAGACAAUUGGAAAUCGCUUUUUUAAAUAAAUACCGAUCAGUGGUCGCAACAUGUUUGGGAACCUGAAAAAGAAGCUGAGCAGUGCGAUUCAGGAGGGUCUGGUGAUAUCGGAGAAUCUGCAGCAGCAAUAUCGCCAGCGUGUUAGUUCCGGAAACUCGGGGAGCACCCAAACCAGUGGGAUUGCGACUCCCACAACGCCACUGGGGCUCAACGAGAGUCUGUCCUCCAGCAGGAGCAGUAACCUCUCCCUGAGUGCUCCCUUCCAGCUGACCGACGGUGUACCCAGCCAUCUGAACGUGGCAGCGGGCUGCAGUUUGUUGGCCAAGUACGAGGACGAUUGGCAACAGAUCCAUGGGGCCAACGAGGAGAAUGCGGAGAAGGCCGCGCAGAUUGCCUCCCAAAUCUCCGGAGUCCAGAACAAGGCCUGCAGCCAGCGCAGGAUCAUCAGUGAGCUGAACAGCAGCCUGGCUGGAAUUCCCACGCUGAUCGCCCAACUGCAAGCCAGCUCAAAGGUCCUCACCUCCCUGGAACAAAUGGGCCAGCAGCUGGAGGUUGAGCUGGAGAAACUGGAGGAUCUGUGCGAGGAGUGCGAGCUCCAGGAGUUCAUCCUCGAGCAGCAGUUCCAGCUGUCGCGACACAAGCAGAAGAAGCUCAACGAACUGGAGCAGUAUCGCCAGCAGGUAGCCUCCAAACACCAAGCCAAAAUCAAGGAUCAGGAGCAGAAGCUUUUGCAACUGCAGAGGGAGCGCCAAGCUGUCUUUGACGAUGCCUUCCGCGGUGAUAUGGAGGAGUACAAACAGCACGGCCAGUUGACCAAAAUUCAAACCACCAGCAACAAGUUGGCCUUGGAGGAAGUGGUCCUUGAGGCAAACGAAGUGGAGACAAAGGAUGCGCUGGAGCAAUUUUUGAAUGGAUAAUUUACUUACACCUCGGAAAAGACUCAAUUUCGUGCCUUUCAGUGCAAUAAGCAGUGUAAAUUGUUGAAAUAUUCUAUGGGGAUUCCAGAAGUAAGCCUCGUUCGCUAAAACCAAAUUAUUACUGUUUUUGAUAACUGACAAGUCGUAAUGUAUCUUAAAAACAGAACUUUUAAGCUACAAAGUUUAACUGUCAGUGCCAAAGUUUGUUAAUUAUAACUUGAAAGAUACUGUUAUUACUUUAGCCAAAAACAAUUUGAAGUAUCUGCGAAAUCAAAUCUUCAAGAAUCCCCCAAAUAUUUACAAUUUACAAAAUUAGUUGAUGUGGCAACGCCACCGGUCUUUUGACAGCAUUUCAUACGAGCGUUGUUUUAUUAUAUUAAUUGUAUUUCGAUUGUACACGCCCAAGUACCUACCGAUGCCUUGUAUUUUAUAUGAUAUAAAUCAUAGCAAAAAAGA